CUAUGGCCCAUUAUUACGAGGGUGUUUCAUGUUGUUAUUUUCUUUAUUUUUCAGUGGGACUGGUUUCUUCCGGGCAAAUACCGGGAUCAGCUAUAUUCACAGGCGGAGCCAAUGGCCAGCCAUCCCCCAGCACGCUAAGUGCUCUGGUAUCUCAACAGCGGCUCUUGGAAUUAUCACGAUUCAGUGGUUUGCGAGGAUAUGAUAUCGCCCAACACAUGCUGACACAACAGGGUGCGGUAUCCAAGCUAUUGGGUUCCUUGCGACCACCUGGUCUAAUUGGUGGCUCCAAGCCAAAAGUGGCCACUCCAACAGUAGUUUCCAAAAUCGAACAAUACAAACGCGAGAACCCAACGAUAUUUGCAUGGGAGAUACGAGAGCGUUUAAUAUCAGAAGGUGUUUGCACCAAUGCCACAGCUCCCUCCGUUUCAUCUAUAAAUCGAAUUUUAAGAAAUCGAGCUGCGGAACGGGUGGCCAAUGAAUUUGCUCGCACAGCGGCUUACGGGCUGUAUCCUCCGCAUCCGUAUGGGGGUUUCUCUUGGCAUCCAGCAGCCGCUGCAGCGGCGGCAUCUACGGGCGGAUCAUCGCCACACUUUUGGUCUCCGGCUAUAAGUGCAGGCGCUCCGUUAACCGCCAUGCCCACGGUAAAUCAUUCUACGUCGGCCAUCAAUGUCAACAACACAAGUAGGGCAAUUUCACCCAGUUCUGGCAGCCACGAUACGCUUGAAUCGCCUGACGACAGCCGUCAUAUUGAUUCCGAUUAUUUGGACGAUGACGAUGAGCCGAAAUUUCGGCGUAAUCGCACCACUUUCACCCCCGAACAACUGGAAGAAUUGGAGAAGGAAUUCGAUAAAAGUCACUACCCGUGUGUGAGCACUAGGGAGCGGCUAUCGAGCCGCACUUCGUUGAGCGAGGCCAGAGUACAGGUUUGGUUUUCAAAUAGACGAGCAAAAUGGCGUCGUCAUCAACGAAUGAAUCUUUUAAAACGGCGCUCGAGUCCCACGGGUAAUACAUCGGCCACACACUAUUCCCAACAAUCACUGGAAACUUGCAGCAAUCCUACAUCAACAUCUCCCACUCCUAGCACGAAUAGUAAUGCUUCAACCUGUCCAAAUGAUCAACUGUCAAGUAUGCCGCAGCAACCGCACUCAGCGCCCCCAUCUUCGGAUUCAUCGGCUCAGCCAAGUCAUCCAGCUGGACCGCCUAUGCAGCCACAGCCUUCACUUCAGGCGCACAUGUCAAAUAUGCAUGCUCAUCACGCUGAUCCACAGUCAGCUGCCGCGGCCUUACUCCUUAACCACUACCAUCAGCAACACCAACAACUAGCCAAAGGUCAAUCGCCAAGCUUGGCCAUGCCGUCGACUUCAUUUGGCGUAUUGAGCAGUGAAUCACACCAACAGUUGGCCGCAGCUAUAGCAACAGGGUCGCCCACUCUCUCAAUGGGCGGAGAACACAGUGCUUUUAGGUCCUUGGUUAAUACGCCUUCUGCGGCUGCGUUUGCCCUCGGCCUGGCACGACAAUAUGCCGUAGCUGCUUCAUUGUCAGCCGCCGAUAAUGGCAAGCACUUGUCUGAGGCAAGCGAACAAGUUUCUAAGCCCGUUUCAAUUAAUGACUCUGACUCCGAUGAUGAGGAAAUAAAUGUCCACGACGAUUCGAAUGAUGCCGAGGCCAGCUUCUAUUCCUCGGCGUCAGGUUCCGAUGCUAACCAGCAACCUAGAGUUCCCAUACAGCUGGUGAAGCACGAACGCUGAUUCGAAGGUGCUACGCGGAUUCUGGUGCUAUCAACCCAGUGUAGAACCAAUUGUCAAUGUGCAAUCAUACGCUUAUAAUCGAUAUCUUUACCAAA